AUGGCUACAUCAAGACUUAAUGCGUUCUGCCGCGUUUCGGCGAGCAGAAGCCUCAACUGUGAGAGCUAUGUUGGUCUGAGAGCUAGGACCGUGACAAUUAGCUAUUGCCGAACCCUAACCGCUCCUCGUUGCCCUCUUGUCCGUAGAGCAAACGAAGGUCGAACUUUGGUGGUGAAUGCUGUGGCGGAAACGGAGGAGGGGCCAAAGAAAAGGUAUCCCGGAGAAGCGAAGGGAUUUGUGGAGGAGAUGAGGUUCGUGGCGAUGAGAAUGCACACGAGAAUCAGGCAAAGGAAGGACAAAAAGAGUCCAAAACUCCCCAGGACUGUCCUAUCGCGACAUGGAAAUUCACAGUGGAAGGAUACUUGA